AUGCUGCUUAGGGCAUCAUCCAAAGUUUCAUGCCUGAUGACUUUUCCAGUAAGGUGGGCUACAAAGUUAUCAGGAGGUGUUACCAAAAACACAAAGGACUCUCCUGGUAAUUAUUUAGGCAUAAAAAAGUUUGGAGGCGAAGCUGUGGGCUAUAAUAAAAUCAUUGUCCGUCAAAGAGGGUUUAAAUGGAGACCUGGUGCCAAUGUGAUUAUUGGAAAAGACCAUACUAUACAUAGUGGUGUUGAAGGAUAUGUGCAUCAUGAAUUUAAUCCUGAACGAAAACAAACCGUCGUAAGUGUAGUCCCUUGGAAGCUCCCUGAAAAGAAAAAGCUAGCUCCUGUGUUUUGCUACCACCCAGAACUUUAUCCUGAACUUGCUGCCAAUAAUCCAGCACCUACGAAUUAUGUUAUAAAGACAAAGCCAAAGGUAGAAAAAGUUAAAAAAGAUGUUGGAAAGCCACUAGAUGAGCCGAAAUACUUGGAUAAAAUAGAGAUUGACUGGAGUAAAGCUGAUGAAAAAACUGAAGUGAAGCUUGAAGUAAAGGAGAAGUCAAAGAAAAAGAAGAAAAAAGAGAAAGAAUAG